AUGGCCGGUCGUUACGAUUCCAAUCCUUUUGAUGAAGAAGAAGUCAAUCCAUUUGCUGUUGACCAAUCUGGUGGUGGGAAAACGUCACGUCAACCAAGCUAUGGAAAUGGUGCAUUUUAUAUGGUGAAUCCUACUAGUGCUCCUUCUGCAUCCUCAAAGCUUUCACCUCUUCCACCUGAACCUGCUGAUUAUGAUCGUGGUGCCACGGUUGAUAUCCCGCUUGACACUGCAAAUGAUUUGCGGAAGAAAGAGAAGGAACUCCAAGCUAAGGAGGCUGAGCUGAAAAAAAGAGAACAGGAACUAAAAAGGAGGGAAGAUGCAGCUGCACGAGCUGGAAUUCUUUUAGAAGAGAAAAAUUGGCCACCUUUUUUCCCAAUAAUUCACCAAGAUAUUGCCAAUGAAAUUCCCGUUCAUUUGCAGAGAUUACAAUACGUUGCAUUCACAACAUUGUUGGGCUUGGUUGGUUGCCUACUGUGGAAUUUCAUUGCAGUUACAUUAGCCUGGAUUAAGGGGGAAGGUCCAACUAUUUGGUUUCUCGCUGUUAUCUACUUUAUAUCAGGAGUUCCAGGGGCAUAUGUCCUGUGGUAUCGUCCUCUUUACCGUGCAAUGAGGACAGAUAGUGCUCUAAAGUUUGGAUGGUUUUUCAUUGUCUACUCGAUACACAUCUCAUUUUGUGUCUUUGCCUCAGUUGCUCCUCCAAUCAUAUUCAAGGGGAAAUCUCUAACAGGAAUCCUGCCUGCAAUAGAUGUUCUUGGUGAUAGUGGUAUUGUUGGGAUAUUCUACUUCAUUGGAUUCGGAUUAUUUGCAGUGGAAUCUCUCAUUAGCAUCUGGUUGUUUCAGCAAGUUUACAUGUAUUUCAGAGGCAGCGGGAAAGAAGCAGAGAUGAAGCGAGAAGCUGCAAGAAGAACCAUGAUGUCGGCACUCUGA